GCCAGUGUUGGUGGAAUAGGGGUCAUACUUUUUAUGUUGCCAAUAGUCGGGUAUCUUGCGACUCAACAAUUCAAACUGCAGAAAGACAUGUUGUAUCUGAAGGGAAGGCGAAUCAAAAUUUUGAAUGAGGUUAUCAGUGGAAUAAAGGUGCUUAAGAUGUAUGCUUGGGAAUUGUCGUUUAUGAAGAAAAUACAAAACAUACGGAAUGAAGAACUUGAUAGAUUGAUGCGGUAUGCCCGUCUUACAACUAUCACCGUGGUUUUUGCCAUACACAGUCCUUUCAUGAUUCUGUUCACGCUUGUAUUGAUACAUGUGCUGAUGUCACCGACACAUACACUGAGAGCUGAGGAAACGUUUACAGCAAUAUCUAUAAUCAACAUUAUAAAAUUCCCAAUAACUAUAUGCCCAUUUCUUGUAAAUGGCUGCGUACAGGCCAGCGUUUCUAUCAGAAGGAUAACUGAGUUCCUCUGCCAGGACGAUCUAGAACUGAAUGUUACUCGAGAAAUAGAGAAGUCCGGUAAACAUGUUGUAAGCGUUAAAGAUGGUACAUUCACCUGGGACAGAGACUCUCCUUUUGCAACACUAAUUGGAAUUAAUUUAAAAGUCAACAAAGGGGAACUUGUAGCUGUUGUUGGCCCUGUUGGAUCUGGAAAGUCGUCUUUACUUGCUUCUUGCAUGGGAGAAAUGGAAACAAUUGCCGGAGAUGUUAGCCUUAAAGGUUCAGUGGCGUAUGUACCUCAAGAGGCGUGGAUACAGAACAUGACAUUGAGGGACAACAUUCUGUUUGGUAGGGACUAUCAGGAAUCUAAAUAUAGAAGAGUUAUUGACGCAUGCGCGCUGCUUCCUGAUCUGCAGAUUCUUGCUGGAGGAGACAUGACUGAAAUUGGAGAAAAGGGAAUAAAUAUAAGCGGAGGUCAGAAGCAGAGAGUUAAUCUUGCACGGUCAGUUUAUAACAAUGCUGACAUAUAUUUCCUGGAUGAUCCUUUGAGCGCCGUGGACUCCCACGUAGGGAAACAUUUGUUCCAGAAGGUGAUCGGAAAAGAUGGUUUACUGAAGAAUAAGACACGGAUAUUGGUGACGCACGGGAUUCACUGGCUUCCAAUGGUCGAUCGUAUCAUAGUCAUGAAAGACGGAAGAAUUUCUGAGUCUGGGACGUACAGCGAUCUUAUCAAUAUGGGCGGAGCUUUUGCGGAAUUCAUUGAGAAUUACUUGCAAGAGUGCAAUGAUGACGAGGACGAAGAUCCGGAAAUUAUUCAAAUGCGACAGCAAAUCCAAGCAGAAAUUGAACUGAAAUCAGACGGUGGCAUAACUUCUGAAGAAGAAGGCAGAUCCCAGUCAGGACAUAAAAGAUUGAAAAGAUCAGUCAAAAAUAGUAUCCAAAUAAGUGGAAGGUCUGUCAUCAAGAGAGCGUCAACCGAUAUUAGAAAGAAAGAAGUAGGUCAGGACACAACCAGGUUGACUGGGGACGAAACCUCGGAGGAGGGUGCAAUAAAACCAACUGUCUUGCUUCAUUUUAUGCGGGCGAUGGGAUUACCUGCAGUCAUCACUGUCCUUGUAACAAUGACAAUUUUUCAAGGGUUAAAUGUAUAUUCAAAUUUCUGGCUGACAUUUUGGACAGAGAACACAUUGUUACUUAACACAAGCCUCGCUGGUACCCGGGACUAUGAAGACACGUAUCUGUUCUAUCUACUAGGUUUUGCGCUCCAAGGCAUUUUACAAGGGAUAUUUGUCUACAUAUCUUUCUAUCUGGCAUUAACAAGGAUGGUUCGAGCAUCGGGGAAACUUCAUGAUUCUAUGUUGAAAAGCAUCCUUCACUCACCAAUGGCGUUCUUUGAUACUACACCUAUCGGACGUAUAAUGAAUAGAUUUUCCAGUGACGUUGACAUUAUGGAUAACAAACUGCCCGACAGUUUCCGGUUGUGGCAGACUAUGAUAUUUUCUACUAUUGCUAUCGUUGCCGUCGUUACCAUAUCGACACCGAUAUUCAUCGCGGUUCUCCUUCCGAUAAUCAUAAUCUACGUUUUCUUUGUGCCUAAGACUGGUUGUAAAUUCUUUAUUUUUCAGAGGUUCUAUCUUCCCACUGCUAGGCAGAUGAGGCGGAUCGAAUCCGUGAAAAGGUCACCUAUUUAUAAUCACUUCAGUGAAACUAUAACUGGUGCAAGCGUUAUACGCGCCUAUCGGAGUUCUGACCGAUUUGUUCGUGAGUCCAGGGAACGAAUAGAUGAAAACAUCAAAUUCUACUAUGCUGCGACUACAGGUGCAAGAUGGGUUGGUUGGAGACUGGAGGUCAUGGGGAACCUUGUUGCAUUUCUUGCAGCUGUUUUUGCGCUAAUUUCGUACGACUUAAAUGGUGCACAAGUAGGAAUGUCUGUUACAUAUGCCGUACAGCUUACAAUCACUUUGAAUUUUGGAGUGUUUGCUAUUAGUGAAAUGGAGAUGAAUAUUAUAUCCGCGGAACGCGUUACGGAAUACACAACACUACCUGCUGAGGCAAACUGGGAAACGGAUAGUAGCGCACAGCAUGCUCCGCAAUGGCCUAAGUUUGGUCGGAUCGAAUUUCGCGGUUACAAGACACGAUAUAGACCAGGACUUGAACUAGUUCUUCAAGGAAUUCAUUGCACAAUUAGAGAAGGAGAAAAAGUUGGCAUUGUGGGAAGAACUGGGGCAGGAAAGUCCUCCCUGGCUCUUGCACUGUUCAGGCUGAUUGAGUCUGCGGAUGGAGCUAUAGUUAUUGAUGGCGUCGAUAUUUCUACACUUGGUCUUCACGAAUUGAGGAAGAAACUAACCAUAUUACCACAGGAUCCAGUUUUAUUUUCUGGAUCACUGAGAAACAACUUGGACCCGUUCAACCAUUACGAUGACGAGAGCCUAUGGUUUGCUAUAGAGUGUGCCCAUCUGAAGGACUUUGUUAUGGGUCAAGAGACAUUGCUGGACUUCGAAUGUGGAGAAUCUGGUCAGAAUUUAAGUGUUGGACAAAGACAGUUGGUAUGUCUUGCAAGGACUCUCCUUCACAAGACAAAGAUUUUAAUCCUUGACGAAGCAACAGCAGCUGUUGACAUGGAAACGGACGAUCUUAUUCAAGAAACAAUUCGAAAACAGUUCAACGAUUGCACGAUAUUAGCAGUUGCUCACAGACUAAGCACCGUCAUGGAUUAUGACAGAUUGAUGGUCCUCGACAAAGGUAAAUUGGCAGAAUUCGACUCACCAGCGGCUUUGUUACAAAACACCGAUAGUAUCUUCCAUGGAAUGGCAAAAGAUGCAGGACUUGUUUAAAAAGAUGUUAAGUUCUAACUAACUGACCUUGAUUUCUUGGUUAAGUCAUUUGUUCUAGGUUGCAAUUAUGU